UCAGUAACCUUGACCAACAACGAGGAAGAGAUUUGCAUUUUACCGGCUGGUGUCCCUUCGAAGCUUUCCCGGGUAAUAGUUAACACAUCGGUGGAUGGCUCCAUUAAAGAAAUCGAAGAAGACGAAGAAAGAUUCAAAGAAGUUUAAGAAAAUCAAACACAAAAACAAGAAAAACAUUAGCAUUGUUCCUGUUGAGAACAAAGGAAGUAGUGAAUGCGAUUGGUGGGAUAGUUUCUGGCACAAGAACUCACUAACCCCAGGUUGUGGUGUGCCUUGUGAUGAAGAGGAUGGUUUCAAGUACUUCUUCCGUGUUUCAAAGAAGACUUUUGAUUACAUAUGUUCGCUUGUAAGGGAGGACCUUAUCUCAAGACCUCCUUCAGGUUUGAUAAACAUUGAGGGAAGGCUUCUUAGCGUUGAGAAGCAAGUUGCAAUUGCAUUGAGAAGAUUGGCUUCCGGUGAAUCCCAAGUUUCAGUUGGAGCAUCAUUUGGUGUCGGGCAGUCCACUGUGUCUCAGGUUACCUGGAGAUUCAUUGAGGCGUUGGAAGAACGUGCAAAGCACCACCUUAAAUGGCCAGAACCUAGUAAGAUGGAGAUAAUCAAGUCUGAAUUUGAACAAUUAUUUGGAUUACCUAACUGUUGUGGAGCAAUUGAUGAAACCCACAUCAUAAUGACUCUUCCUGCAGUUCAAACCUCAGAUGAUUGGUGUGAUCAUGAAAACAAUUACAGCAUGCUUUUGCAAGGUAUCGUCGACAGCGAGAUGCGUUUUCUAGAUAUUGUGACGGGAUGGCCGGGGGGCAUGACCACUUCGAGACUGUUAAAGUUCUGUGGAUUUUACAAACUCUGUGAAAGUGGUGAUCGUUUAAACGGAAAUGUCAAAGUGGUUGAAGGAGAAGAACUUAGAGAAUACAUUAUAGGAGGUUUUGGUUACCCUCUUCUUCCGUGGCUUAUUACACCUUAUGAAGGUGACAACCUAUCAGAUGCCAUGUCGGAUUUCAAUGCAUUGCAUGAGACUGCAAGUUCAGUUGCGAUGAAAGCUUUUGCGCUAUUGAAGGGAGGUUGGAGAAUCCUUAAUAAGGUUAUGUGGAGACCUGAUAAACAGAAACUCCCUAGUAUCAUCCUCGUGUGUUGUUUACUUCAUAAUAUCAUCAUUGAUUGUGGAGACAGAUUGCAUCCUGAUGUUGCGUUAUCUGGUCAUCAUGACCCAGGAUAUGAGGGACAGAGCUGCAAGCAGAUUGAAUCAACAGGGAGAUUAAUGAGGGACAAAUUAACUAAACACCUACAGGUUACCAAAAAAGAAGGCUCGAUGUAGAUGAUCAGCUAACAUUGAGUGGUGUAACCUAACUGCAGAUAUUGUUUAAAUUUUUUAGAGAUGAGACAAAGCAGUCCACGAUCUUUUGCAAGUUACAGGUUUUGAGUGGAACCAAAAAGGAAAGAAACAGAGUAACUUGUAAGGAUGAGUUGUGCGUUUUAUGGCACUUGUUUAAAAUCAAGAAGACUCGCUUGGUGCGUUUUGAAGAACCAAUUAUUGACGUGCUACCUUGGCACUUGUUUAAAAUCAAGAAGACUCGCUUGGUGCGUUUUGAAGAACCAAUUAUUGACGUGCUACCUGAACCGGAUAUUUACUCUCCAAAAAUUAUUGGUAGAUUCAAUAUAAGGCUCUGGUAACACAUCCAUACUUGGUUCUUGAAAAUGAACCGAGCGAGUCUUCUUGAGUUUUUUGGAUGAGUUUUCACUAUUGUCAUUCGAAACCCUCUUCCCACUACUAGUACCUGAAAUUGUCUUUGAUGAACGUGCCCCAUCUGUUUGGACAUCACUGGUCCUUCUUGCUCCCCCUGGCACAGAUGGACGGAAAUUAGGAUUGGCACUGUAAUUGACAUAGCCAAAUAUCUCUCUCAACAUUUUAUGAUGUAAAAGCCUUUUCUUUCUAAACAGCUUCUUACCACCAUGGUCCUGUGAAAGACAAUAAAUCGAGGACCUUAACUAGAGUGAAAAGCUUAGCUUUAACAAACUUACCAAGUAAAGAUCUUCCCACAACUCAUCCUUACAAGUUACUCUCUUGUUUUUUUCUUUCUGUUCCAUUCGCAAUCACUAACUUGCAGAAGAUCGGUGAGCUGCUUUCUCUCAUCUCUUAGCAAGAUCCUAAAUGUUGAAGAUAUUCUCACUCUCAAAAAGUUGCAUUGGCAUUGGGGAUUCUACUUGGUGAUUUCUUGCUACUAUUAGCAGAGCAUCUCUUCCCCUAGGAAAAAGAGGGCCUCUUCAAAAAGCUUUGUUUCAGGCCAUGUUGAAGAUAAAAACGGAGUUCAGGUGCAAAAUCUUUCUGUAUGUAGAAGAGGGUACUUCAUGGUCCUGGAGUAUAUGUGAUGACUUACGAUUCAUACCUAAACUGUUUAACAUGUCAUUUAGGUAAACAAAAUUUUCUGGCGAACUUGAGAUGAGAAGCAAUUAGUACACAGUCUGUCUUUAUAACUUGGAAUGACAACAACAAUAACAUACCCAGCAUAAUUUGGGGAGGGUAAUAUGUACGCAGACCUUAUCCCUACCUUGCCUGUAAAGGUAGAGAGGCUAUUUUUUGGAUACCCUCGGCCCAAGGACAAAAUGAAAAGGAGCAGUAUCAACUAGCAGUAACAUCAGUGAUAUAGUGAAAUUGUUUCGAAGAAAGAAAUUGGAAAACAAGAGCCCAACCUUGUAAUCUCUUCUAUCAAGAUUUUUCUUGACUUCUUCAAGCAUGCUAAUUCCACUUGUA